CGCGUCCCUGCCUGCGUCGCUCUGCCCGGCCUCCGCCAUCUUGCCUCUCCCUGCCUGCCAGAAGCCGAGUGCGGAAGUGGAAAACGGCAGUGUGCGGGGCUUAGGGUUCCGCCUGUGGACGGCCAGCCAGAUCCUCCAGCCGACACAGCCAGCUUUCCAUCAUAUCUUAACGGUUUCGUAGCGCGCCAGAGACCCGGGGGGCAGAGAUGGCUGGACGGUUACCGGCGUGUGUUGUCGACUGCGGCACAGGUUACACCAAACUGGGGUAUGCAGGGAACACAGAGCCACAGUUCAUCAUUCCAUCAUGUAUCGCCAUCAAAGAGUCGGCCAAGGUCGGGGACCAGGCCCAGCGUAGGAUGAUGAAGGGGGUGGAUGAUUUGGACUUCUACAUCGGAGAUGAAGCCAUAGACAAACCCACGUAUUCCACUAAGUGGCCCAUCCGUCACGGCAUUGUGGAGGACUGGGAUCUAAUGGAGCGCUUCAUGGAGCAGAUCAUCUUUAAGUACCUGAGGGCCGAACCUGAGGACCACUACUUCCUGUUGACGGAGCCUCCACUGAACACACCAGAAAACCGAGAGUACACUGCCGAGAUCAUGUUCGAGUCCUUCAACGUACCGGGGCUCUACAUCGCUGUGCAGGCUGUGCUCGCUCUAGCUGCCUCCUGGACAUCCAGACAGGUCGGGGAGAGGACGCUGACGGGUACCGUCAUCGACAGCGGAGACGGCGUCACCCACGUCAUCCCUGUGGCUGAAGGUUAUGUAAUUGGCAGCUGUAUAAAGCACAUUCCCAUCGCAGGGCGAGACAUCACCUACUUCACCCAGCAGCUCCUGAGGGAGAGAGAGAUCGGCAUCCCGCCGGAGCAGUCGCUGGAGACGGCCAAGGCAGUGAAGGAGCGGUUCAGCUACGUGUGCCCGGAUCUAGUCAAAGAGUUCCAGAAGUACGACACGGACGGCUCCAAGUGGAUCAAGCAGUACACCGGCAUCAACGCAAUUAGCAAGAAGGAGUUCACCAUCGACGUGGGCUACGAGCGCUUCCUGGGACCCGAGAUCUUCUUCCACCCAGAGUUUGCCAACCCGGACUUCACCCAGCCCAUCUCCGAGGUGGUGGACGAGGUCAUCCAGAACUGCCCCAUCGAUGUCAGGCGUCCUCUCUAUAAGAACGUCGUCCUGUCGGGAGGCUCCACCAUGUUCAGGGACUUUGGGCGCCGUCUGCAGAGAGACUUGAAGAGGACGGUCGAUGCCCGCCUGAAGAUGAGUGAGGAGCUGAGCGGAGGCAAGCUCAAGCCCAAACCGAUCGAUGUCCAGGUCAUCACUCAUCACAUGCAGAGAUACGCAGUGUGGUUUGGUGGAUCAAUGUUAGCAUCAACUCCGGAGUUCUACCAGGUGUGCCACACCAAAAAGGACUACGAAGAGAUCGGGCCGAGCAUCUGCCGCCACAACCCCGUGUUCGGAGUCAUGUCCUAACUUUCUGGAGUUUUGCUGGCAGUAGGAGGGUGGGGCGGGGUGGGGUGCGGGUGGGUCUGAGGCAGUGAUGUUAGGCAGCGCUUGGUGGCAUGUGGAGGUGUGUGCAAGAAUCCAGGAAAAGGAGGAAAGAAAAAAAAAAAAGAGCCCAGACCAAACAGACGGGCUGGAAAACGUGUUGUGAAUGUUUUUCCGUUUUCUUGUUUCUUUUCUUUUUGUUCUUUUCAUAAUGAGGGAAAACAGUCUGUAAGCCAAAAUGAUUUUAAGACAAUUUCUGGAUCUGUUGAGUGGCGAUGAUGAUGACGGUGUUGGUGGAUGUUGGUGGGAGGGUAUUUUCCUGACACCAGAACAUUAUUUAUGCGAAUAAAACGCGAGCCCAGGCGAGAUCUGGUGACUCUCUGAGAUCACGCUUAGAACAUAUUUUUGUCCUUUUUUCUUUCAGCUUCAGCAUCUGCCUGUCUGUUUGCAUCCUGGGAAGAGCUUGUUUAUAUUUCAUACUAAAGUUUUUAUAUGUAAAACUUGGGGAAAUCAGGGGUUGAAAUAAUGUUACGAAUAUCAGUGCCAGCGAGAGACUGUUUUAAUCCUCGGUGCAGCUUUGAUACGCAGUAUUUACUGAAUUCGAGUAGGCGUUGUUCUUUUAUUCCCCGCGUCCUCGCUGUCUGCCCUCUCAUUCUUCACACACAGACCACGUCAGGUUUCCAGGAAAGAGAAGUGAAACUGAAUAAGGAUGACUGUCAGAUCAGUAUUGUUAGACUAGAAGUCUUUUUUUUUUUUUAUUAUUAAAUACCAAAUUAUGAAAAGAAUGGGAUUUGUGUAUUUAAUGCAACAUUCCAAUAAAGGCUCAAAUUUGUUUCUAA